AAGAGAUCAACUGAGACUGUAUGGCCUGAUUGAAAUCAUCAUGGAUCAAUGCUUCAGACGUUUCUACAUUGAGUGUCGUAAUUGAAGAAAUACAUUUAAAACAUUAGUGACGUUUCAGAUGCACGUGUUCUAUCGACCCGAGCUCUGAUCGCAGCCCUGCAGCUAGCGACCAGUCUGCAGAGAGGGGGGACACAAACAUGGAUCUCAUAAGCAAACCAAGAGGCAAGUCCAUUGUGUGGCUGUACUUUGGCUUCAAAGCGGAUGAAAAUGGACGACCGCUGAACUCAGAUGAGGCCAUCUGCCGUUUAUGCAGAAAAAUAGUGGUUUCUAAAGGAAACACCACAAAUUUAAGAAGUCAUCUGAGACGUCGACAUCCUGCAGAUUUUUUUGAGAGCAUAUCCUCUGCGACCCCUGCAGCAUUUUCAGAGACUCAAGUUGCAGAUUUCAGCCAUGAUGAACUCCUGGAGGAUUCUCCAUUUCUUCAGAGCCCUUCAAGCUCAAACUACGUUCCAGACGCUGUGGUGCCACCCGGCGAGCCGUGGCUCCACGGAGGCCCCUUGCGGGCCGUGCUGUCCCUGCCUUCCUGCCUGUGCCUGUCCAGGGAAGCUGCGCCUGGAAAGCCCGAUGCCAGAUCCUCUGUCGAGGAACAAGGAGAGAUGAAUGUGUAUGCCAAGUGUCAGCUUCAGCAGGGCGUCAUGUUUGGGCCCUUUGUAGGGGAAAUGUGCAAGGGACAAAUGCCAAACAACCUCAAAUAUGCCUGGGCUAUCAGAGAUGAUACUUCUUUCAUCUUUGUGGAUGCAUCUGAUGAAAACAAAUCGAACUGGAUGAGAUAUGUAACUUACACCAGCAAUGAGGAGGAACACAACUUGGUCGUUUUCCAGUUUUACCGGCACAUCUACUACAAGGUUUCCCGGUCUAUUUCAGAGGGAGCAGAGCUCAAAGUCUGGAUUGGCAAAGACUAUGCCUCACUUUUGGGACUGGGGCUGGGUGACAACAUGAAAUGUGAAAUUGGACAUAAGGAGACAGCUCUGCGUCUCCUGCAGGACAUCCAGGUGGUCACCCUCCCAGAGCAGAGUGCCACCUCCCUUUGGUCAGACCAGAGCCAAUCACAGAGCCCCAUGCCUGUCAUCAGUGACGUGACGACAGUGCCAAGCACAGAAGCAGCUAUUGAUCCCGGCCUGCUGUCUGGUAUCCCCUUCACCUCCUUACAGUCCCCGAGUUCUCAUGUGAUGGAUAAGUAUGAUUUUCUGCCUGGAACAGAGAAACUGCUGAGCAACCUGGGAAGCCACCAGAACAGUCCCUGGUACUUCUUUGGGUUGGAGCCAGACCCGACCGGUCGGCCUCUGGAUCGGAGCACGGCGGUGUGCAAGCUGUGCUUGGAGCAUGUAAACUGUAUAGGAGGAGCAGCAGAUCUCCAAAACCAUUUGACGAGCAGGCAUCACAUCAAACUCCGAGAGAAGGAUCGAAAUCUGCCAACAGGUCAACAGCGCAUUCAGCCAGUGAUGCCCAUCAGUGGUCCAGUCAGCGCUCCCCACUUGGUAAUGCCUGCUCAACUGACCAGUGCCAUCACCAACUUUAUCAUCAUGGACCUCCAACCUCCAGGUCUGGUCGAAGGGGAAGGCUUCAGACAGCUGCUGCACACGCUCCUGCCCUCCUACAGAGAGCUGCCUUUAUCUUACCAGGUGGAAAACCUCCUGAGAGACCACCACGCCAAAGGCAAGGCGAGCUUUUCUCAGCUGCUGAGGAGCAGAAGUGGAAGUGAAGAAAAUGAGGAGAUAAGCGAUUACACAGCUCCCAUUGAGUUUGAGCCCAAAAGACGCGGGCGGCCUCCCAGCCAUCAGCGGGAAGUUCCUCACUCUGUCACCUUAAGUGUAGAUGUUUGGCUCCACAGCUGGCAGGGAAAUACUGAGCGGUACCUCACACUGUGGGCCCACUACAUAGAUGAUGCUUUUAGUCUUCACAAUCUUGCCUUGUCAACGCAAAGACUGAUAGAGAGCGGAGAAGAAAACUACACCCUUCAAGUGGUGGAGACGCAGGUGAAAGCGAUGGCGAAGCAGUGGGGAAUGUCUCAGCCUAAUCUGGUCCUGUUGGGAGUUGAGGGGAGAAGCAGGGCGAGGUUGAGGCCAAUAAAGAGCGAGAAGGGUGAGGAGGCCACAGGAAGCGCCUCACACCCAAAUUCAACAACGUUUUUAGAGAGGGACGACUCUGCGUCAUCCGAGGAGGCUCACGCUGCAGAACACAGCCACUUUAGUGAGGGUCUUCCAUCAGUCCCGUGCUUCUUCAGCGCUGUGCAGGGCUGCAUCGAGGAAGUGAUGUCACAUCCUGUUAUCUUCAGUACUCUCAGUCACUUCCAGGGUAUUAUCUCCACUCUAUUCUUGCCACCAACUCAGAAUAAAGAUUCAUUCCAGUAUCAUGCUCAGAGGCUCCUGCAGGGUCUGACAAAACAAGAACAGGAGAGGCUCAAGUCGUGGGCUCACAGCCGGCCGACCUGGAAUUUACUGUACCCAUUACUAAGCAUGCUCAUCAAAAAUAAAAGCCUAGUCUGUGAUGCGAUAAAAGAGAUUAACAGUGGUAACUUGACCGGAGAGGAAAAUGCUUCAGAGUUCAAUACAUCUGGCAGCUGUGGCGCAAACUCCACUUCCAACACGCCAUCAACAGGCCUCCACGCUCUGCGUUCUGAGUGGAAGGUUGUGGAGGAGCUGUGUCUGGUCCUCAAACCGCUGGAUGUGGCCUGUCGAACUCUGGCCAAGGAGGCCUUCCCCCGACUGUCUCUGAUCAAGCCAAUCCUCACAGGCCUGCUAACGCGCCACCUCAUACCCCGACCAGGAGAUUCUUCGACCGUUUUGAAGGAGGUGAAGAGGAUGAUGAGGAGGAACCUGGCGAGCUGUUACGACAACCCUGCUGUGAACAGAGUUUUGAGUGUGGCGUGUUCCCUCGAUCCACAGUUCCACGGGCUGGGGUUCAUGGAGGAGCAGGAGCAGACAGCCACUUUAAAUUGGUUGAAAAAGGAGGCUGUGAGGAUGGUGAAGGAGGACAGGAGGAAGAGCCAAGCCAAGACGCUUACCCAAAUCAAGAGAAGCUCCUCCCCUGAGUCACCGGAGUCUGAGAGCGACUUCCUGCGGAGGAGUAAACGCCUCAAAGAAUGCCCCCCAAUCAACUUCAGAGAGCUUGCAGAUGACGACAACGACAGCGAGGCUGGAGACGUCAACAAUAGCGAGUCAGUGGAACCAGGCUCUCAGGCCGGCCUGUCUGGCAUGGAGUUCCUCCUGGGAGACCUGUUCUGCUCUGCUCCCAGGAGCAGACACAGUUCUGUGGAGGAGUCAGUCGAUAUGGAGAUGUCUGUCUUCAAAGCCGACAAGGGGGCUUCGAUGGGCGUGGAGCCCCUGCAGUGGUGGAGAAUGAAGGCGGUGCAGUUUCCACUGUUGGCGUCAGUGGCUCGGGCCUACCUGGCUGCCCCAGCAGUGGCCGGCAACGCUGCACAGGACUUUGUACGGGACGGAGCAAGAACCACACACAGGAAGAGAUCAAACAUUCCUCCAGAGAGUUUGGAUGCAAUCCUGUUUCUGCAUCUCAACAACAUUAACGUUGCAGAGAGCGGGCAGGCGGCAGCUAAGAGCGACGACAGGAACAACGGGAGUGAAAUGGUUCCGUAAACACUAAUGAGCUGUAACUUUAACCAUUUUGACCACAUUUUAAACCUUUUUAUAAACGUUACCAUCAAUCUGAAAUAAACCUGAUUCAAACCAAAACUGCAGCACAUGAUUCAGAACUUGUGGGCAGCUGGGACGCGAGUAGACGACUGAGGUUCAGUGGAUGUUUUCAAGAGUCUCUAUUUUCAGAUAUAUGGUUGAGUUUGGCAACGUCACUCUACCGUCUGAUUCGUCUGACCGAAGUCUUUAUUCAACCUGCUUGUGCAGCACAUUUAAGGUUUAAAACAGUUUUUCUUCCCACAGUAAGUGUUUAGAUUUUUUCUGAGGCUUAAAAUGAGGAGAAAACAGAUCUGUAUGUGUUUGACCUUUAUUUUUACUACUGACGUUUUGAACUCUGUUGUUUAUUAACCUAUUUGGCUCCUAGUGCCUUACCUAAUUUCAGUAAUUUAGUAUUUUUAGUUCUUUUUUGUUUGUUUGAUUUUUUUUUCCUUAAAAAGAAAAGUACAACUCAUGUAUUCCUGAAACCUUUCAUGGUAGUGUUGUGUACAAUCUAUUACGUGCCUUUGCUGUCACAUUAUUAGUACUCUGUAUGUCAGUUAGUCUGCUGAAUUUAACCCUAUGAAACCUGAAUGUUAUGCUGCUUGUUCAUCACUUUGCUAAAGAAAUUGUAUCAGCUGGUGAAGCAACUAAUUAUUUGUUCAGUAGCUUUGAUCCAUCCUUCAUGUCUUUUUAUUUCUAUUUCUUUGUCCCUGUAACCUUUAAAGUGAUAUUGAUCAAUAGUUCCCCAGGUUUUCUGAAGGUCCUUCAAGGUUUUUCUUUGGCCCUUUUUAGCUUUUUAACUAAUUUUCAGUCCAGUCCUUGUCAAACCUCCUAACACGGACUUAUUAAUCGUUCAAGCAUAAGAUAGUCACAUAACAUGAGACAACUUUGCAAAGAACAGAUUUUUUUUUAAUGGGCUUUUGUAGUUACUUUACCAGCAGCCUGUCCAAAGGACACAUCAUGUUAUCCUGUUUCUGUAGUUGCAUCUUUAUAAAGUGCAUAACGUAGCAGCUUGACCAGCAUAUUAUAGAAUUUUUGCAGCAACAAGGUGAUUCCCAAAGAACUAUUGGCUGCAAAUUUGGCUUAUCUCAGCACAGGGUGCAAAUGAACAGGAUCAGAAAGCGAUUUCCUUAAAUGGGGAAAAAUCCUGCAAAAAAAGAUGAGAUGCAUCUGGACUUUAGUUACACAUCUACUGUAGCCAUAGCAUCACCAGAAACGGGCUCUAUGGAAGGGUGGUUGUCAGAAAAGGGGGUAUAGAAAAGGCUGAGGUCUGCCAGGACCCCAACAUUAUUGAAGCAGCUGGAUUGAGAACAGAAAGGCAGAAACAUCCAAAGAGCUUUGGAAAGUCCUUCAAGAAGCCUGGAGAACUAUUUCUAAAGACGUCGUUAUUACAAGAAAGCUUGACUAAAGCUGCUCAGACCAAAUAUUCUGUGUCAAGCUUUUGAACUUUUUACAAACUUUUGUCAUGUCUACUGUAUUUCCAUUUAUGUUUACACUUGUUUUAAUAAAAAAAAAAAAAUCC